AUGGACUAUACCGGGCCUGAUUGCUUAAACGAGGAAGGCGAUGCAAUCAUAGUCAAAGCUGACGAAGUGGAUGAGUCGGGUGCUGACAUCUCUACCAUCUCUCCUACGGAUGCCCCAGAAUCUGAGUUCACUGAGCGCAUUGAAUCGCGGAGGGCACACGAUGCUCAGUCAAGUCCCAAGAUCCUCGCCAAUGCCGUACCCAGUCCUCCAAGAGCCGCCACCCGCCCACUUCUCCGUCGAGAAGGCUCCGCUCCGCCCCCGCCGCAACAGGCUCCUCCACCUGCCCCACCUCAACGGCAAGAAGAGCAGAGGAAUCCAACGGACUCUUUGAGUUUGCUUGAGCUGAAGAGACUCGUAACCGAUCUACCCAAGCUUGAGCCUACAGCGUAUGCGUACGACUAUUCAGAGACAAGGUCGGUUCCAGAAGAGCUGGAGGAAUGGUUUUCCUACACAGAGGAAGAGAGAUACAUGCUGUUACGGGCAAAGCAAACAUUUGAUGAGAAAUGGGAACAAGCGCAGGCUGAACAACCAGUAUCAUCAGACAAAGCACUACAGUGGCAGGAUGUGAGUGUAGAAGACCGGGAGAGCUUUAUGGUUGGGGCUAUAGAAGCGUUGCAGAGUCCGGAAAUCUCAUCUCGGGUCAAAGGUCUGGAGUGCUUAUCUUACGUGGCUCUUGGGGUUUGGGGAGAUACGGCUGGGGUUGAAAAAGAUGACCAAGUAUCUCAUCUUACGGCCGCCGACAACAAAUGGAUGGAUUCUUCAAACACCAAACCAAAGGUGCAGCUGGAAUGGAUCAUUAAUGGCACACGAAUGCUCUGCGAGCUCGACGCCGUUCAGAGGCUGCUCGAUGUGUUAAUAAAGCUAUGGGAAAGCGAACAAGAUGUCGAGAUGUCGGAAGAUGGGUCACCGUCCCAGGAUGAGAAACUUGCUUCGUGGAGAUUUCUCAGGCAAAUUGAGGUCAAUCAGACGCUUACAGCGCUGUACCUGAUCAUCGAAACCGGCAGAUGGCAACGCUCAAAAGGCAAUGAUGGAUCCAUGCGAGAGGCUGUUGCUAGCCUCGGACCUUCCAUAUUGACGGUCUUGACAAAGAUGAUCGCCAAGUUGCGCUGGGAAGAAACUUCAUAUAUCCCUCUCCCUAGGAUCGUUCUCCUGUUCUGGAAAACAAUUCUCCUAGUCUUCGGCAACAUGAAGGAACUAGAUGAAAGCAAAGUCGCACUACGUCAAGAUACGGAUAUCAGCGAAAACGAGCACGAUCCGAGCUUCAUUACAACUUCCCCACUCGACUAUCAUCUAUUUCGUCAAGAGAUCACAUCGAAAUAUCCAGCCUACUGCCCUCCUCCGCCUCUAGUCCCGAUCGAGGAAGAGAACAACUCAAUAUUACCGCCCUUACCCAAUCACCCUAGUCGACAAGCCAGCCAAGAGAACCUACGAAUGGCAGCAGGCGCAACCGCCAACGGCGCUGGUAGAUCGAUAUUCCAUCAACCUGUACAUAUUGCGACGCCUGCGCCUUCGCCACCCCCUUCUCCAGCUGGGCCAGGAGGCAAAGGUGGGAAGAAACAAAACUACCAAACGAACCAAAAUUUCCCUUUUUUGUAUCCUCCUUUGGACGGCACGAGUAACACAGUUGGUGGCAAGGGUAAUGCUGAGUUGCAAGAUCAGCUUGUUGGCAAGCGGUGGGAAGGAAGUGAUAUACCAGCUUCCAUAUUGGAAGCUGGGCAGUUGUUCGCCAGCCGCAUGAGGAUGUCGAGGUCGAUUCGUCAACUGUGGGACGUACGAGAGAAAUUCAUAAAGUACGAAAGAGGUUGGAAUCGGUCCAAGGACGAUUACGAUUCACUGCAUGAGGACUCAGAACUCGAGAGUGACGACGAUGACGCAGAGUGUGAAGCUCAAGGGCCGAGUGCUCGUUCAAAGGACGAGGAGCCCAAGCGGGAGAAGGAGACGGAUAAUGAAGAGGUGCAAAGAAGAUUGGACGCUAUCAAUAGCUUUUAUCGUGACAAUUUACCGCACCUGCAGUCUAUAGUGGUUGUUUUCUGGAAACUUGUCUUCAGCCACGUAUCACAUUUGGUCGCUCAAAAUGGUCGAGACGGAUUGCAGAACGGAAUGUCUUUCCCUGACGACGGUUCAAACGAAGCUCAAGGCAAGAGGAGAGCGAACACCAAUUCCUCGGGCAACAUAAGUGGUAUGGCGAACGGUCAGCUUGCGGAAAAUGAGGAUGUCACCGAUCCCGUUGUCGAAGAGCUGAAUGCGUUGAGGUCUAGAGAAAUAACAACGAAGGCUGUGUCUGGUAUCCUGCUGAUACUCUUGAAAUGGUUCAAGCUGUCCCACAUACUCAAAUACGAAUACAUGACCCAGCUUCUGCUAGACGCAAACUACUUGCCACUGGUCCUCAAGCUCUUCGCUCAUCAAGACGUUGACAGAGCGGUCGACCAGAAAAAUGACCGCGAAGAUCUCGACUUCUUCUAUUUCUGCCACCUCAAUUCUAAACACCCUCCAGUAUCUCCACCGCAACCCGCCCUCUCACCUUCUACCUCCAGCGACGACGAAGCCGCCCCUCCACCCAUUCUCAAGCAUCGCCGCAGCCUUUCUGAAACUCCACCGCCAACCCCACCGCGACCAGCCGCCCGCCCCGAAGUAGACGAACUCGGCUACCCUACCUCUGGCGCCCUACCGCAAACACCCCUAACGAACUACGCGCCUCGCUUCUUCCUCACCAACAUCAACCUCCUCCGUCUGCUUCAGAAAAUUACCAAGCGCAAAGCCCAUCGCGCAUUGUUGCUUGUACAGUACAAAUCUAGUACCAUAUUGCGCAAAGCGCUCAAGAUACCCCAACCAGACCUCCGUCUUUACACCCUCAAAUUAUUCAAAUCGCAAACACCGUACUGCGGUAGAAAAUGGCGACAGACCAACAUGCGUGUCAUCACUGCCAUAUACCUACACUGUAGGCCUGAGUUGCGCGAUGAGUGGUUAUGCGGUGGGGAUGUGGACGGCGUGGUUGAGGAAGCGGUGCCAUUGGAGCAGGCGGGGAGGAGUCUGGUUCAUUGGUGGCACUUGAGGGAGUUUAGGGGGGGUCAUGGAGGGGAAUGGAGAGGGCAAGGGUGGUGA